GUAACCGGAAAGACUGUUUUGUAUUUUUGUCCGUCCGUAGGACAGGCAGUUGGAAUAUUUUGUAUAAAUCCAAACUCUUUUAUUGUCAUCCAACCAGUUUAAAAACUGACUGUAAAGCUACUUCGGGAUUUUUAUAUAGAGGUAUUGUCGAGGUCUUGCCUGGCUGGCCCAUGGUGAGACGGGGACCUAGAGGAACUGAACAGACACAAGAUGGCCUGUGUGGAGGAGCCCCCUGAGAAGCACUGCUGGGUGUGUUUUGCGACAGAGAGAGAGGAUCGCGUGGCAGAGUGGGUGAGCCCCUGCAGAUGUAAGGGCUGUACCAAGUGGAUCCACCAGGCCUGUCUGCAGCGUUGGCUCGAUGAGAAGCAGAAAGGAAACAGUGGAGGAGCCGUCAGCUGCCCUCAGUGUGGCACAGAGUACCGCAUUGUCUUUCCCAAAAUGGGGCCGUUGGUAUACUUCCUCCAGCAGAUGGACAGUGCUCUGUCACGGGCCAGUCCAUUCACUGCUGCCGGUGUGGUGGUGGGGACAGUCUAUUGGUCAGCUGUCACCUAUGGAGCUGUGACUGUCAUGCAGGUGGUGGGCCAUAAGAAGGGCUUGGAUGUGAUGGAGAGAGCAGAUCCUCUGUUCCUCCUGAUGGGUCUACCUACCAUCCCAGUGAUGCUUGUCCUGGGCAAGAUGAUCCGCUGGGAGGACUACAUACUGAGACUAUGGCAGAGACACUCCUCUAAACUACAGCUGCUAUUGCCAGGUAUAGGUCGUCCGUUGCCCCGUGUGCCAGCUGAUGGGGGUAAUGGAGGGGACCACCUGUCAGUGUCUCGUACUCUGUGUGGAGCUCUCAUCUUCCCCUCUGUAGCCAGCCUGGUGGGACGACUGAUCUUCGGCAGGGUACCCUCAUCUCUGCAACGCACCGUUCUGGGUGGUAUAGCAUUUGUGGUGAUGAAGGGAGUGUUGAAGGUGUAUUUCAAACAGCAGCAGUACCUCAUUCAGGCCAACCGCCACAUCCUCAACUACCCCGAGAGAGGGAGGGAUGGAGAGACGGAGGGACGGAUCGAGGGAGGAGAAGACGACACAGAGGACAGCGGAAAUGAGUGAAUGCAAGACUCUCCCUCCCCAACCUUGACCCCCGAUUGGGAACAGAAUCCUCGGUUCCCAAUCGCCAUGUAGUUUUAUUUUACUCAGACAAGGGGUGUGUUUAGGAGGUGCAUUACAUUUCCAAAAAGAUAACUUGUCCAAUAGGAAUGCAAUUGUUAGUUUUUUUUCUCCCAUUUGUCUCCUGAAUGCGACCCAGGUCUUCUAUUUGCAUUGUAAGAUAUCCACCCAACCAUGACUGUAUGUGUGAGCGUGUGUGUACACUGUAGAGCCCAUGCUAUUUUAUUUGCCUGUAUGAAUGAAUUGGCGAAUAAAGUGAUUUGAUUGUUA